AUGGGGCAGAAAUCGGUCGCAUCGAGCACCCUGGCCGUCACUUCCGAGGCGCCAGGCUUACUCAUGUCCGGCACUCGCGAGGACAGCACCUCCAAUGUUUCCAUAAGUUACGUGGCGCAGCUUGAUGUCGUUGGCUCGAGCUUGCAAGUGUUUGACAACGAAGCUCUUGCAAGUGCAUCCGGAGUCGAGGCACUUGGCCUUAUGAGUAAUCAGCUCAUGAGCAUUAACGAAAAGUCUCUCUUGGGAGUGAGUAACAGUUUGCGCUCCCUGGAUCUGAGUUACAAUUCACUGGAGGAGGUACCACUAAAGGCUCUACAGGACUUACGGAGACUAAAUUGGCUCAAUAUGCACAGCAAUCAUCUGACGACAUUGGAAGGCGAUUGGGGUUACGCGAGCGACACACUUUCGAACGCCUUUUUCGGCGACAACUCCAUCGCCACCAUUCCGCGGAGCUUCUCGACCUUCGCCGCCCUCGUCUGGCUUAACCUCGAUAACAACAACAUCGAGGACCUGAGAGCCGACGCCCUGCCGCCCAACAUCGUCACCCUCAGCCUGAACGCGAAUCUCCUCCGCACCCUCCCAGCCAGCCUCGCCACACUUAAGGACCUCACUUGGCUCUAUCUCAGGGGCAACGACAUCAGCCAACUCGAGCUUCCCAAUUUCCGGAGCGCCAAUCUCGAAAUGAUCGACCUCAGCGACAACACCAUCGAGAGCAUUACAUACGUCGGUGCUCCAAACAAUACCCUUCGCAUUAAGGAUCUCAACCUCUCGGGUAAUCGCAUGUCGAAGCUGUCAAAGGACACCUUCGCGCAUAUUCUAAUGAGGCGCAUCCAUCUAUCCUCGAACGCUAUUCGCUCGAUGGAGGACGAGACUUUUCGUGGCCUCGAGGACUGCCUCGAGUAUCUCAAUCUCGAGAACAACGAGCUAGCGAUCCUGCCCGCCGCCGUCAGCUCCCUGAAGAAAAUAUCCUACCUCUACCUGGCGAACAAUGCCAUGCGCCAUCUGUCGAACGACAGUUUCGCCGAGUUCGAUAAGAAUCUGAAAGCUCUGUCGCUCGCAGCCAAUGGUUUCGAUCACGUUCCUGUUAAUGCCCUCACCGGCUGCUCCAAUUUGCUGCAUCUCAACCUCGGCUACAACAAGAUCAACAGAGUGGAGUCGGGCAACUUUGACUGGGCCGACAAUCUCGAGAUUCUCUUGCUCAGGAAUAACGUGCUCACGCAGCUCAAACCCUACACCUUUCGAGGAGCGAGCAGACUGAAGGAGCUGAGCAUCUCGUUCAAUCAUCUGGCCGAUAUCGCGGACGAGGCCUUCGGCGGCUUGGAGAACAGCCUCGAGAUCCUGGAGUUGAGCUUCGCAUUCUCCACCGAUGUCUUCCCACAGCGAGCGCUACGGCCCCUCGUUAACCUCUUGUGGCUAGUCCUCGACAACAACAACUUCCACACGAUCGAGACGACGUCCUUCUAUUCCUUCCAGCAGCUGCGCUACAUUAAUCUCGAGUCGAAUAGGCUCCAUUACCUGCCCGAGCGCAUCUUCCUCGCCGAGGUGCACGAGGAGCUGCGGGACGUUAAGCUCGGCUUCAACUUCCUCGAGGCCAUACCCGAGAGCACCUUUCACAAUCUGACGGAGCUCAGGGCCCUCGACCUUACAGGGAACAAGAUCAGGAUGCUGGACGUCGAUUCGAUUAAGGACUGCCCGAAGCUCGUCACGGUCUCGCUCGCCAACAAUAGGAUAUCGUCGAUCGAUCGCUACGCCCUCAGCGGACUCUACGGUCUAAGAUUUCUGCACCUCGAGUUCAACAAGCUCACUCGCCUGAACUUCGAGGCGUUCGCUGACAGUGGCGGUAACGAUUUCACCGUAAAUGUCUCCUACAAUUCGAUUUCAACAUUGAAUCCAAGCGUCGCAGUGAUAAAUUUAACACGACUUGAUUUGGGCUUUAAUAAUAUUUCCCAUCUUUCUGCCGAUGCUUUUAUCAAUACACCAAACUUAAAGACCAUAAAUUUACAAAGUAACGUCUUAACAACGAUCGAACCAGGGACCUUCUCGCUGGCGAGCCUCGAGACAUUGAAAUUGCCGGACAAUCGCAUCGAGUCGCUACGUAAGCAGAGCUUCAACGGCCUCGAGACGCUUCAGCAACUCGAUCUCUCCGGCAAUAUACUCGCGCAAUUGACCAACGAGCAGUUCCGACAUUUGCGAAGCCUCAGGGUGCUGAAUUUGUCGCGCAAUCGUCUGAGGUCCCUGACUCGCGACGUCUUCACUGGCACGCGAUUGGAAAUCCUCGAUCUCAGUCGCAAUAAAUUUACUGUCGUGCCGUCCGCACCUUUCCUCGACGUGGGCUACACUCUACGAAACAUCGAUCUAUCGGAUAACUUUAUCGAUCACCUCGAUUCCACGUCCUUUCCGACAUCGCAGCUGACGUCAUUGAAUCUCGCAAGCAAUCGCGUGCAAAUUUUGCCAGACAACUCGUUCGUAUCGCUGGCGAAACUCCUCGUGCUAAACAUUUCGCAGAAUCAUUUACGGGCAAACUUCAAGGAGGUCUUCCAUUACCUUCCCGACCUAAGGACAGUUAGCUUGGCCAACUGCGACUUCAGGACUAUUCCCCACUUGCAGCUGGCAUCCCUCAACUAUUUAGAUUUAUCACACAAUGACAUUGAGAUUUUAAGAGAGAACGAAUUGCAGAACUUCCAUACCCUUAAAGUCCUUUUAUUGGCCAACAAUUCGCUCAGUACGAUAAGUGGAUUGAAAUUGAGUUUACUACGGGAACUGGAUAUCUCGGGAAACCCAAUUAAGGAAUUAUCGUGGGACACGUUCGCCGGAUACCCCCGUUUGGAGAAGCUCAACAUCCGCGACCUGAAUUUCACGUACGCGGUCGACAAGCACUGCCUGCGCCCUCUACGCUACCUCAAGUACCUCGGCAUGCAGACCUGGCCGAGCCUCGACAUGAACGGACUGCCGUUGCGCUUCGUCGAGAUCCAGGUAAUGGAGCAACGGCUGACCGAUCAGCUGCAUCGUGCCUUCACCAAGCAACUGAAGGAGCUCAGCAUCACCGGCCGGAAUCUCCGCUACAUCGGGGCGGACGCGUUCGCGACUAUCGAGGGCGCGGAGCUCGUGCUCAGGAUCAGGGACACCCAGGUCCAGAGGUUCCAGUCCGACAUCUUCCUCUCGCUCACCAAGCACAUGUCGCAGCUCACGCUCGAUCUCAGGAACAAUCACAUCAACGAGCUCAGCCCAUCGGUCAUUUACGGCAACCUGUCGUGGGAGGCCGUUGGCACAAACAUGGUUUCAGGUGGACUGCAGCUCUCGGGCAAUCCUCUGGAGUGCGACUGCGAGAUCGCGUGGCUUUCGCUAUGGCUACGUAGAUGGCUCCGCGAGUCCCGGCAGAUCCACACGGCCUCGCAAUCGGAUGCCCGGCAACUGCGGACGAUCGCCGGUCGCGCCGUCUGUACCGAGACGACGCAGCUCUACUCCUCCGACCGAGCGCUUCUUAAUCUCGGGGCGCCCAACACCGCCUGCCAGGCCUCGGCCCUCAGUAGCGGCCCCGGGCCCCAGGAAACCGCGCCGGCCCUCGCUGCCGUUGGAUUUCUGCUGAUCGUCGCCCGGUAGCUUCGCUUCUCCUCGCCCCAUCCCAUCCAGCUCCAGCCCGUGGAGCGUAAGUUUACCUGCGCGAUCACG